AGUUUGACUUUUAGGAUUUAUCGGCGCGGUCUCGCUGCUGCCUGCUUUUUGUCUUCCUCUGCGGGGGAGGAGGACUUUAGGCCGUGUCGGGCUGCUUGCGUUUCGGGUCGCGCAUUUUCUUUAAAAUAAGUCGGGAGCCCCGCGGAACCCUGAGCUCUGGCAAGUGCUGAGCGAGGCACUGCUUCGGUUCCUGGAGCUUUUAGGGCUCCGGUUCUUUGAACAGCUCGAAUUUGGUGUUGGGCUGGCUUCGAACUCACGACCUCAAGGCCUCCACCCCUGUCCUGGGGAGACCGGAAAGGGGUGGGCGCUGCGCGGCGGGUGAGGCGUGCUGGAUGCGGAAUCGUGUUCUUCACGGAGAGGGGGGGAUCCUUUUCUAAGCGUGUGGUGCCCCACGUGGCCGUCCCUCGGGCUUCCGUAUACUUUAUGCCCCCUACACGCUGUCUAACAGGAGCUGGAAUCUGAUGCAAAUUGGUGCAGGCUUGGUGUGGUCACCCACCUGGACACAGAACAAUGCAGAGGAGCUCCGGCCCACUAGUGCCGUUACAUUAUUUUGGCUAUGGCUAUGCCACCCUGGUUGCUACUGGUGGGAUCAUUGGCUAUGCAAAAGCAGGUAGCGUGCCAAGCCUGGCCGCUGGGCUCCUUUUCGGGAGCUUAGCGGGCCUGGGGGCUUACCAGCUGUCUCAGGACCCCAAGAACAUUUGGGUUUCCCUAGUUACAUCUGGGACCUUGGCCGGCAUUAUGGGAAUGAGAUUCUACCACUCUGGAAAAUUUAUGCCUGCAGGUUUAAUUGCAGGUGCCAGGUACUCUGGAUUCCACUGCUCUUAUUACCAGGAUAGAGUUUGGUUUCUUUUACAAGAUAUUUGAUACAUUAAAAAAUGU